CGAAGCGCGCUACCACCACUACGCGGCGAGGGGGGGCCCCCGGUCCCACGCGGCGCCACGUGGCGUCACGCCUGACGCCUCGGCACGGACGGAUGCGCGGCACGACGCGCCGCGCCGCGCCGUCGCCAUACUCUCCGCAUCCGACGGUGGUGGGUGGUUACAUAUACGUGCCCUCCCCCCGCCUACGUGUCCGGCUCAAACCAACCACCAGUCCACUACUCCACUCUCUUCUCCACUUGGCGGCGCCGCGGCGGUGGCGGCUCGAUCGAUGGAGGCGGAGGAGGCCGCCGGCGGCGGCGAGCGGAAGCGGAAGAGGGACGGGGAUGCGGUGCGGGAUGACGAGGAGGAGGAGGAGGAGGGGGUGUAUGAGGGCAUUGCGGAGGAGUCGGUGGCGGAGCUGAUGCGGUGGCUGGAGAUGGAGAUCUCGGAUGCGGCGCCGGAGACGGAGACGAAGACGGAGACGGAGUCCGGCGACGAUCCUGCCGGCGCCGCCGCUCCGGGGUUCGUCACCAUCAACGGCAACGAGGAGAGCUGCGGGCCGUCCUUCUCCGCCGCGGCGUCGACGGUCAUGGCCUCCGUCGACACCCGCGCCGGCGCGCCGCCCGCACCGCCCGUCCCCUGGCCCCUCCCUCCGGCGGCGGACGUGGUACCGGCCGAGGUCGUCGUCGACGGCGUGGGGGAGGAGUGGCUGGUCGAGCUACUGACAAGUGGGCCCGCGGUGGCCUAGGGAGUCGUGGCGUACGUACGCGUGUUUUUCCUUUUGCCGUUUUGGGGUUGUACAGUGUCAGGUGUCAGAGAAAUGGUAAUCGUCAAGAAUGGAAAAUGGGGAUAGAGUAAAGUCCAUCAUCGGUCUCUAAACUUGUACCGCUGUGUUAUCCCGGUCCAUCAACCGUUCAGGUCUUACUUGUAGAUCACUCAUUUAGAUCUUCCAACUUGUUCAGUUGUGUCACCCCAGUCCCUAAACAGGAUGGUCUAAAAAUUUUAUAUCAAAAAAUAAUUCAUAAAUUUUUCAUGUGAA